CGCAGUGUCCCGGGCGCGGAUGGAGACGAGGACUGGGUAGCUGAGCGCAGGAGGCCGGGCCCCAGCCUGUCGCCCUCAUUGCGCUUGCCGAACGUCCGUCCCUGCCACUAGUUUCGGGCGCAGUUUCUCUAUUCACCAUUAGGGGGAGGGGUGAACAGACCGCUAGACAGCGAAUAAUAUGAACAAUCGCUAACACUGGAUUCAGUGAGUUGCACAUACCAGGCCUUUCCCUUGCCUCUCGCGUCGUUUUCGCCAAAACCCUGUAAGGUAGGUGGGACUGCCUUUCGCACUUCACCGGUGAGGAAACCGGAGGUUCGGGCGCUCUCCCCAGUCCAUGUGCCCAGUCAGGGGCAAAGCAGGAAUUUACCCAGACCUGGGAUUCUUACCCAUCACUCUGUACACCAAAAGGGAUUAAUUUCUCCUUAGCCAUCAGUCUUCACCCUAGAGUCCCUAGGAAGGGAGUCGUCUUUUUACCGUCGUCAUUCAGCCAAAGAUACAGUCCCGAGGGCACAUUUGGUGCCCACUCAGCUUCUGCCCAGGCAGGUGUGCUCAAAUACGUGCGUCCCAGACAAAUGAGCCUCUUAGAGAGGCUUCCCUCACAGAUGUUUUCAUUUACAGGUGGUUCUUGCGGGGGCCCUCCAACACGGGGGAUACAGAUGUUUUCCCACAGAGAAGCCUUAAACAGGCGUUUUCUCGCAGAUACAUUCCUGACAGGUGGGCCUCAACACACAGGACAGGAGCGGCUGUCCUGCUGCUCCGCUGCCAGGUGUGCUCCAAUGGGAAUGUGCCUCAUGCGGAUGUUCUCAGGUCUUUCUCUCAUUUGAGCUCAGUUCCAUGCAGAUGUUCCCCCUCCAAGACUAUUUCCUUCUCCUCGCAGGUAUGCUUUGCAGCAGAAAUCCACACAAGAAUGAGUUUAUACAGCAUCCUCCCCCCCCCCACAGGUGUGUUCCAGUUAAGUAUACACGAAUACGGGUCUGUUUCCAUAUAAUUGGGUCCCAUACAGGUGUACUUCAAUGCACUCAUACAGAUAUUGCCAAUAGAUUUCUACACGCCAGAAUGCCUCAGUCAGGUGUUUGUUAUAAGGCAGGUGCAUUCUGUAGCUGCUUUCCACACAGAUAUGCUUCCAUUUAGUUAUACGCCAAGUAGAUGCGAUUCAAUCAAUGCACGUGUCUGCCACAGGUGUGCUUCUUAUACAUCCGCGCAGAUGUCUCUCCUACAGCUUUGCUCCCGUGCAGGUGUGUACCACACAGGUGUUUUUUCAUUAGAGACUCCCCAUCUGGGUCUGCCCAGACAGAAGUGCCUCGUACCUCGGUGUCUCCAUGAGCCAUGUGUCCCUACACCUGUGCCAUCCUACAGAUGUGCUCGCAAUACAGGUGAGCGGUUCCUCUCGCAUCCGCGCGCUUUCGCGCGAUUUUACUCCUCCCAAUUGUAGGACUGGGCUCCAAGUCGCAGGUGCGCCCGGGCCGCGGCCCCGCCUACCUCCUGGCUCCGCCUUCUCAUCUAGGCUCAGGUGCACAAGCCGGAAGUGCGCUCCCCUCCCAGGUAAAUGACUAAACUUUCCGGGUCACGUGAGCGGGAGGAGCCGGUGGAGUCCGAACGAGAGACCGAGGGACGCACCGAGGGUUCGAGCAAGCGAGUCGGACCAGGAACCUGAGCGAGAUCGAAGACGCGCGGGCCAGUCCCUAGGUGCUGGAUCACAGGUACCCCCGGCCCCGAGAUGCGGUAGGAACGGCGCGCGGGAGAAGCCCCGUCCCUGGUGCCACCAGCCUGUCGCCCAGCCCAUGGCGUGCCCCAGCCUGGGGCUGCUCCUGGCGUUCGGCCUGCCACUGCUGCUGGCCCGCUGGGGCCGGGCCUGGGGGCAAACCUCGGGCCCCUCUGCAUAUGGAAACAGCACCAGCACCACCCCCCGCCCCAGCUCCAAUGCGGCCCUGUCGAAGGAGGCCACCACCGCGAUCGUCGUGGUCUUCUCCCUCCUGGCCGCCCUGCUCCUGGCCGUGGGGCUGGUGCUGCUGGUGCGGAAACUGCGGGAGAAGCGGCAGACGGAAGGCAGCUACCGGCCCAGCAGCGAGGAGCAGCUCUCCCACGCAGCCGAGGCCCAGGCUCCCCAGGACUCCAAGGAGACAGUGAGGGGCUGCCUGCCCAUCUAGCUCCCCUUCCUCUAUCCGUCUCCCUCCCUUACUGUGUGACCUUGGGGGAAGGCAGAUGCCUCCCUGGGCCUUCACACUCACCCAGCUCAGUGCUUAAGAAUAGAAGGGUAAAAGGUGCUUCAAAGAGUGCUCCCGAGGGCACG